AAAUAUGGCGUGAUGGUGGUGAAUUUGUCGAAACAUAAGGAUUUUCAAGUUCGAAGUUUUCAAGAUUUCCUUGUAAGUUUCAAGGUUUAAAUACUUGAUGUCAAAAUGGCUGGUAAUAAAAUAAACACUAAGAAAAAAGAAGAGAAAAAUAAGGCAAAUAGAUUAAGUGGACAAUCAAUUGAGGAAAAUGAAGAAACAGAUUUUUCAUUACUUAGAAAACCAAUACAGACAAAUAUAACUGGAUUUUCUCAGGCUAGGAAAAUUUUUGACCAAGCAACUGAAGAGCUGAAAAGUUUGCUAACUAAUGAAUGUGAUCUAUUAUAUGAAUGUAAGGUGUGUCGGAAUAUAUUUAGAAGUUUGGCAAAUUUUAUAUCACACAAACGUGUGUAUUGCAAAGAGAAAUUUAAUUCAUCUAUUCAUGGCCAUUUCUUUAAGGAAACAUGUUCUAUACAGGAGGUAUUAAAAAUAAGGAAAUUAGAGGAGAGUUAUCAGGAGUCUUUGAAGGAUUUAAAUGAUUCAAACAAUUUAAAGGAUGAAGACUGUGACAAACGGAUUCCCAUAACCAAGGACAUAACAGAAGUAGUAGAAAGAAUAGUUAAACACAAGGGAGUUCAAGAAGAAAAACUUCAGGAACAACAAUUGGUUUUCCAGAAAAUUCCAAAGAGUUCAGUUGCCGUUUAUCAAAACAUUGCUGGUAUUGAUGAUGAAACCAGUAGUGAUAGUAUGCAGCUCCAAGUAAAAGAAUUAGAUAAUAUAUUAUCACAAGAAAAUGCAAUUCUACAAAGUGAUGGAACAUUUAAAGUACAAAGUAAAAAUAAUCUGUCUUCAACUGUGGACAGUAUAAUACAAAUAAGUGAUGACGAAGAGAAUGAGGAUAUGGAUGAGCUUAAAUGUAGAAUCUGUGAUCUUCAAUUUUCAACUCAAAAAACAUUAAAGUUCCACAUGAAGUACAAACACCUGGAGAGUCGUCUGGUCUACCCUUGUCCGGAUUGCUUGGAUAUAUUUUCAACUUCAUGGAGUGUUUAUCGACAUCUAUUUAAAGUUCAUAGAAAAACAGCUGCUCAAAUUCGUCGGUUGCGAGAGUCAAUACAAGCAAAAGCAUUCCGAAUGAAUAAUCCACCCGCUUUUUAUGAAAAGCGAAAGACAACUCCGAAGAAUGUUGUUCCACAGAAAAUAACUGAGGAGGAGAGACUCGACCAGGAAAAUCAGGCGUGGCUAGAGCAGUUAGACGGCGAAGGUGACGGACGACGCUGUGGCGGUUGCGGACGAACCUUCGAACGUCGCGCCGCGCUCGCUGCGCAUGCGCACACAUGCGCGCGCAGGCAUCGCCGACGUAUACAGAUACAAAUCAGGAAAGAUUACGACAAGACGCAACACAACCCCUACUUGACACAACCUCGUGUCGCUUCGGUCGCAGAUACUGCAACGGUUCUUGAAGACAUUGAAAUAGAAAAUAAAACUGAAGAUAAAGUGAAAAAUGUUGAAAAAGAUAAAAAUGAGGAAAAUGAAAAAUAUGAAGAAACUUAUAAAAAUGAACAAAAAGAUAAAAAUGAACAAAAAGAUAAAAAUGAGAAAAAUGAAAAAUAUGAAGAAACUGAUAAAAAUGAACAAAAAGAUAGAAAUGAGAAAAGAGAUACAUUUGAAGAAAAAAAUAAAACAGAUAAAUCUGAAGAACAAUUAACCGAAGCAGUCAUGACAAUCAUAGAGGAGAAAAAGGAGCAAAAUAAAGAAAAUAAUGCAAUGGAAAUUGAUAAUACCAUUGUACAAAAUAAGCCAUACUUUUACGACAGUACACUAAUGAAUAAAUUGCCAUUUGCUCAACAAGCCGAAAAAAGUAACUUCAACGCGUUUAAACAAAAAAUGCAACCAGAUACAGAAAUAGACAAACUGCUCUGUAAAAAAUGUGAUAAUAAAUUUAAAGAAUUUAUUGAACUCUUUGAUCACAUGAGUGCACAUUAUAAAUGGGUGCGAUAUGCCUGUAAAUUAUGUAACUUUAAACAUUUUAAUUUUGAUAACCUUCUAGAACAUGUAAAAGUCGUCCAUAAACUUAAAGGUAAUACUGAUUUUUACUAUAGCACAGUUAAGGCAAUUGAUGGAGCUGAAGCUUUAGAGUUUGCGGAAUCUAACGAUGAAGUAAUUGUUGCAAAUGAAAUUUGUCCGGAUUCAAGGCGGCCUAGCAGGUGUUCCAGUGAUUCUAGUCGGUUAUCUGAUGAUAGCUCCAGCAGCAGUACGCGGGUGACCGAGGUCGGGUCCCGGAAAAGAAAAGCGACUCGUUAUAAGAAUAACUUGAAGAAGAAGAAAGAAUCUUUUAUUUCAGAUGAUGUUGAUGACCAAAAAGUAGAUGAAAGUCUAAAAGAGGUUAUUCUCAUAGAGAACGAUUCACUAUCAAAUUCUAAAGUAUUUGAAGAGAAUUCUUCAGAUUUUGAUGAACUUGAAGAGAAAAUAACAAAACGACAUCAAAUUGAAUUAGCAACUGUAACAUCUCGUAGACCUGUUCGUAAGAAAACUAAACCUAAAAACGAAGAUUUUGAAUACGAUUUGUCUAACUUGUUAAAACUGGAAGCGCAAGGGUAUCGCGAUUAUCAGCCGGUAGCUGCUAAGCCAACACAAAGUAAAAAGAAAAUACAGCAAGACAUUCAAAAUAACUAUGACCUAAUUAAUAAAGAUUGUUGUGGGGCAUUAACAACUCUAUCCCGUAAGUCAGUGGAAAAUGCACAAAGUCAUAUGAAAACUCUUGAUCUAUUUAAUACUCCAAAAGAAACACGAUCAUCGACUGUUUUUGCUCGGCCUUCGAUACCGAAAAUUACCAAAGUUGAUAAAAUAUCCCCAAAGAAAGAUGAAAAAGAAUUAAAAGAUACACCUAACGUAAAUAAAGUUUUAGAAUCAUCCAACUUGCCUAGUUUUACUAAAGACGUUCCUGGUAAUGAAAUGAAUGAAACUUCUAGUGCAAUUUUUGUAAAUAAAAAGUCUAAAACUGCCGAGUCAGAGUUAAGUAAAGAAUUACAAGACACGCCUACUAAAGUGCACAGUAAUGAUAAAGUUUUAGUUGAUUCUAACAAAGAACAAGUCAAAGAUAAAGUACCCGUAGAAACGAUAAAAGUUACCGGAGUUCCAGUAAUAGACGCAGCAAAACCAAGCAUAAACGUACCUAUGGUGCCUAUAAAAUUUCGUCGACAAAGCUUAGAAGUCAUUAAAAAUCCUUUAAUAAAGAAAAAUAUAACGGAUUUUACAAAAGCUGGUAUGAAAACUAAAAUUUUAGUUAUAAAACCAAUAAAUAGGAACAUAGAUGGUACUCAAGCUUUAAAUUCACCGCUGAAAUUUCAAACUAUUAAGAUAAAAGAUCCUAAUAAAAGCAUAGCUUUAAAAGAAGAUAAAAAGGACCAAGUGGUAGUGGUCAAAGUACCUAAAGUGGAUUGUAAUAUAACUAAAACAAUAUCUAGUAACGUUAUCGUCAAUAACGUAAAUCCGUCUACCGUUGAUGAAAUUAAAAGUCCUGUUAACGAAGAAAUUGUUUUAGACCCAACUUCCAGUGAAAAUGACGAAGGUGUGUUAGAUGCUAAUGUAAAUAAACAAAUAGACUGUGAGCCCACUUCUCACGUAUCUGUUAUUAAAACCACUGAAAUGAUCAUUAGUAAUGAUAGAACAGAAAAUGUCUAACGUCAAAUGCUUACGCGAAGUAUUAUUUCUUUUUCUUGAGAAUAUAAUGUUAUGUUUGUACAGUUCUUAAUAUUGUAAGUUUAGGUAGAAAAAAUAAAAUUUAAGCUGCCAUGCCUCAUA